AUGGCUUCUUUGAAUAAGCAAAUCGAGGAACGAGUAAAACAAGCGAUUGGCUACCUACAUGCAGAAGACAAGCCAAAUAUCGCCAAAGCUUGCCGAGAAUUUGACGUUCCAUACCAGCGUCUACGUGCGCGUUGGCAGGGACGCCAAUCGCUAUUUGAUCGCCAAACAACCGGUCAAAGACUUGAUGAAAGUGCUGAGGCAGGCCUAAUGAGGUGGAUGGAUCUUAAUUAUCGUAUGGGUCUACCCCUAAAACGUCAGCAAAUCCUCUCGACCGCUACUGCAAUCCUUAGGGAAACGGAACCAGCCGCACCUGCCCUCAACCACCGCUGGCUAAAACGCUGGCUUAAAAGAUACCCUAAAUAUAAGAUUCGUCGUCGCAAGAGUCUUGAUCGAGAGCGGUUAAAAGCUGAAGAUAGAGAUCGCACUCUAAAGUGGUUUGAGGGCUACGAAAACGCCGUCAGCUCUUACGGGAUCCAACGUGAAGAUCUAUACAAUUUUAACGAGUCUGGCUUUCAGAUGGGAAUCGGACAAGACCAAUGGAUCGUGACUCGCGAGCCACGUCGGAAAAUCGUUUCUGGAACCGAUACAAAUCGAGAAUAUGUGACGGUUGUUGAAGCUAUUUCUUCGGAUGGAUUUGCAAUUCCGCCGUUGAUUAUUUUGACCGCAAAACGACUUUCGCACCAGUGGUUCGACUUUAUCGAGGACGAACAUAUUGGAGAUACCCCCAUAAGCCUCGCCUCAACGGAGUUCGGCCCUUAG